AUGCCUAGACGACAUACUAGGCUGCAGAAACUAAGUUAUUUGAUAAUAUGCUCAGCAAGGCAGGAAAAAUCUGGACCUGAAGUCAAUGUCAAUGCAUUGGGGUUGAAGGCAACUCUGGUGGCUUCAAAUAAUCCUUCGUUUAAGUUUCAGUUGAUGUGGCUUGGUGACCCUUCCCUACAAGACUUUAUGAUGGAUUGGUGGGUUGACAAGAAGCCUGCCUUUGGUACUGCAAUGUACUCAAUUAUUAAGAAGUUGCAAUACAUUAAGUAUAGGCUCAAGAGAUGGAACAAGAGUUGCUUUGGUAAUAUCUUCUCGGCUAAAAGGGAUGCUCAAGAAAAAGUUGACUCUAUCACCCGCAAAAUCAUGGACCAAGGUUUAUCUGAGGAUCUCUACAAAGAGGAGUCUACAGUAGUUAAAGAGUUAGAGGAGUGGGAACUUCAUAAAGAGAUCUAUUGGAAACAAAAGGCAUGGGUUGAGUGGAUUCAAGAAGGUGACAGGGACACACAGUUUUUUUAUUAUACCGUGCAAGAUAGGAGACAGGGGAACCCUAUUACUUCUCUCAUUCCUUAUGAGGGAGUUUCCCUAUCUUCUUAUAAUGAACUUCCUCAGGAAGCCAUGAGUUUUUUUGCUAAUUUGUUUAAUGAAGACUUUGAUUCUAAUAGGGAGGGGGAAAGGCUUGUGUUGGAUAGUAUUCCCUCUAUAGUUAGCGAGGAAAUGAACAAGGACCUUCUUAAACCUAUUUAUUUAUCUAACAUUGAAAAGGUGGUGUUUGGCAUGAAGAAGGGUAAAGCUCCUGAUCCGAAUGGGUUCCUUGUAAAAUUUUACAAGGAGUUUUGGGAAAUUGUUAAGCUUGAUCUCUAG